CUUUUUGUAAAGGAACUCGAUGGUGGUGGAAUUCAGGUUGGUACGGAUUCAUUGUGUGCUCGGUUGGAUUCGCUUGAAUUUGCUGAAAUUUCCUGGCCAAAAAAUUGGCUAAAAUCGCAGUAUCGGGAAUUGUGAAUUGUUCAAAAAUUGUCCGGGUGUGACAGAGAAGUGGCAGAGUGUGGAAAAUUGAUGAAAAAUCGUGGGGAAGUGGUGGAAAAGUGCGUGUGAAAAAGUUGGUGAAAGAGCUGCAGUAGGCAGACAUAUUGGAUCAUCGGAAUAUCUUUGUGCCUGUCACUCUUCCCUUGGUCAAUCGUUUUGGUGAUGUAGUUUAGGGGUUUUUCUCGGGCGGAAAAUCAACGUGAGCGCUAGAGAAAGAAUCGGAUUAGCUGGAUAUUGUGGUGAAUCAUGGACGUGGCCACGAAGGAUGUGUACAAAAACACAAGCGACUUUAUCGGUGGGAAGUACCGUUUGUUGCGAAAGAUCGGCAGUGGAUCUUUCGGUGACAUUUACCUGGGCAUCAACAUUGUAAAUGGGGAAGAGGUGGCCAUCAAGAUGGAGAGCAAGAGUGCUCGCCAUCCACAGCUCCUCUAUGAGUACAAACUGUACAAGGUGCUGGCCGGUGGUGUGGGAAUUCCCCAUAUCCGGUACUAUGGUGAAGAUAGGAAUCAUGUGGUGCUGGUGAUGGAUCUCUUGGGGCCAUCGCUGGAGGAUUUGUUCAAUUUCUGCAGUCGUCAUUUCACCAUAAAGACCGUCCUUAUGCUGGUGGACCAGAUGAUUGGACGUCUGGAGUAUCUGCACUGCAAGAGCUUCAUUCAUCGUGACAUAAAACCCGAUAACUUCCUCAUGGGUAUUGGACGUCACUGCAACAAGCUCUUCCUCAUUGAUUUUGGCCUGGCGAAAAAGUACCGGGAUGUUCGUUCACGCACACACAUUAUGUAUCGCGAGGAUAAAAAUCUUACAGGCACUGCCCGUUAUGCCUCCAUCAAUGCCCAUUUGGGCAUCGAACAGUCCCGACGUGAUGACAUGGAAUCCCUCGGUUACGUCAUGAUGUACUUCAAUAGAGGCUCAUUGCCCUGGCAGGGCCUUAAGGCCACUAACAAAAAACAGAAGUACGAAAAGAUCUCCGAGAAGAAGAUGUCAACGCCCAUUGAGGUGCUCUGCAAGGGAUGUCCAGCAGAGUUUUCAAUGUAUUUAAAUUACUGUCGCAGUCUACGCUUCGACGAGGCUCCCGACUACAUGUAUCUUAGACAACUAUUUCGAAUUUUGUUCCGCACGCUGAAUCAUCAGUACGAUUACACCUUCGACUGGACAAUGCUGAAACAGAGGGGACUGGGUCAGCCGGGCAAUGCAAUAGCGCACGGAAACCUGGAAAAUCGGGCUGAUGGCCGGGAAAAGGAGAAACAACAAGCGACGGAUCUCAAAUAAAAAAAAAUAAAAACCGGGGACUGUGGAGAAAAAAAUCAGCGAGGAAUAAUUUAAACAACAAAAAAAUGAUAAAUUUAAUGAAUUGAAGCCAGGCUAUCUUUAUUUCUUAUAUAAAGAAAUUUUACAGACAAAAAAAAUAUAAUGAAUAAAUAGGGUGUGAAAAGAAUUAAGAAAAAAAAUAAUUUCCUACUAAAGUGAAGGAGAGUUUUAAGAAAAUGAAAAAAAAAUUAAAAGAAUGAUGAAAACAAUAGUAAACUAUUUAAGGGGAAUUAAUAAAGGAGAAAAAAUAUUUAGUUCAUUUAGAAGUUGACGUAAUAAAACAUUCGCAAUUUUGUCAAGAUAAAGGAGAUUUUUUUUUUGAAAACAAAAACAAAAGAAAUAGUUCAGCGAAAAGAGAAAAUAGAAUAUUUGUGUAAAUUUAGGAAAUAGAGAUGAAAAAAAAAACAAAUUAUGUAAUUUUAAUAGAAUUCAUGUUAGUUUCUUUGCUCUUUUGUAAUUUUUUUUUUUGGAAGGACAUUAGGACUCUUUGUUUCUAAAAAAGAACAUGCUAAAGGAAAUAUAUAUUUAAAUAAAAAAAAUGGAAUAAAACAGUUUAAAUAUUUAAGAGAAAAAUGAGUUUAUUUUAAUACUUAUAAUUAUUACAAUUAAAUAGAAAAAAAAAGAAAAUGUAUUGAGAAGUAGAAAGUAUAACUUCCAUUAAUCCAUCAGCUCACAAAAUCGUAAGAGGAAUUAGAUUUGAGAAUUUUGAAGAAAAAAAAAAACAAUAGAAUAAAUAAAACAUUAAAAUGAGUGAAAUAUUGAAAAAACAAAAAUUAGAAAAUUCAUUUUGCUGAGAAAUUAUUUAAAAAAUCAUUUUCAUUGAAUUUUUUUUCCUAAAUAAAAAGAAAAUGGUAAUUUUUUGUGGCUAAUUCUAGAUUGUAAUUGGAAGAAUUACAAAAUUUAUUGAGUUAGUAAAAAUCAUUUUUAUUCUAAAAAAAAUAUAUAUUGUCAUUUUAAUGUUUAUUUUUUUUAUAACAUAAAAUAAUAUUUGAAUAAUUCAUACACACGAACAUAAACACAUUUACACAAAAAAAACCUGCACCUUCUCGAUGUAAAAUGCUUUUAUAAAGAGUGGAAAAACAAUGGUGAAAAUCAACAAGAAUUAAAUAAAUAAAAAUAAUAAUUUGGUAAACACAUUUUGUUUUAUUUUAUUUGACUUGAAAAACACUUGACACAAAAGAAAAUUGAGUGAAAAGAAAUAUUUAAAAAAAGAACAAUAUGUAAAUAAUUCACAAAUAAAAUGAUUUAACAAAAAAAAAGUUUGAUGAGAAAUGUAAAAUUAGUGGAGAAAAAUUUGAAAAAAAAGGAAAAAUAGAGGAUUUUGAGGGUGAAAAUCACUUGGCAUUUUUUCCAUCGCUCCCCCUCUGAUGAACACAACACAACAAAAACUUGAUAAAGAAAAAAGUAUAUUAAGAAAUUAUAUAAUAAUCAUAUGAAAUAUGUAGUUAUAUAUUAUAUACGACUAAAAAUGAAAUAUUAUAUAAAAAAGAAGAAAAAGUAUAUGAUGAUACAAAGAAGAAAAAAAAAAACAAAUUUACAAUAUGUGAGAAGAUUUAUUCAACAAGAAAAAAAUAUAAUAUGAACGAAAAAUGUUUAUUUUUUAAUUUUUAAGACAUCUUUUUUUUUCUUAAAAAAAGAACAACCUUUCCAUUGAACACCUAAUUUUUUUGUAAUGAGGACCCCCUUUGAAAACUCCUGCUUCAUUGAUUUUUUUUGUUGAUAAAUAAUUUUUCUAUUUUGCUUUUUCUUCCAAUUUAUUUUCAAAACGACAAAAUGCUUGAAAAAGAAAAAAAGCAGGAAAAAUGACAAGAAGAGCAACUAUAAGAAUUUAGUCAAUUAAUUAAUGGGAGAGCGUUUGCAUAGCAAAAAAAAAACCUUUUUAAAAUACUGUCGAUGGACAUGCAUGAAUUUCUUAAGAAAAAAACAAACAAAAAAAAAGAUGAAUUUUUUGAAGAAAGAACUGAAGGAGUUAUAUCAAGUAGAAUCCAAUUUUAUCACCUUUUCGUUUCUCUGCGUUAUUUAGGCACUCAUAUUCAAUAUCAUUUAUUUCCCUUUUGUAAUUUUAGUUUCAGAUUAUUCAGUUAUUUGUAUUAUCUCGAUUAAAGAAAUAUAAUAUCUGAAUACGA